AUGCGCCCGAACUUGCCUCGCACAGUACAGAACAGCUGGUUCACCUUCUUUAAUCAGUGGAGGCCCUCAGGGCCUCCUUUAAGACAGCAUGGACGGGCAUGUUUGGACAUGUAUGGACGUCAGCGUGCACCUGAUUGGUCCAUUUAA